UCCCCAGUCCCCCGGCGCCUGGCAGCCCACACUGCCUGGGCUCCGUUCACUGCACAGCGCUGGACGCCUGCUGCAGGUGCACCUCACAUGGCCGGGCGGACAGCUGUUUGAACUCCCCUUUUUCAUCGGCUUCCUAACACGCUUCCCCCGCCCAGUUUCGUAUCGCUUAGUUUGCGGCGAGGAUAACCAAGUCUCUCGGUGUGUGUGUGUGUUAAUCUCGGACGGGUAGCUGCUUCUCCAGCAUCAUCGCGCCGCUCGGAGAGACCGCACGGUCUGCGCGGCUGUACGGUAGUAGGUAGGGCUGCGGGAGCCAAGAGUCGGAGAUGCUGAAAGUCACCAUGCCUUCCUCCAGCUCGGCGGCUGCCUCCGACUACUGGAUAGACGGCUCCAAGAAGGAGACGCUGGCGGACUACUACGAGCUACAGUCCGAACUGGGACGGGGGGCGACAUCCGUUGUGUUCCGAUGCAGGCAGAAAGGAACGCAGAAGCCCUAUGCUGUGAAAAUGCUCAAAAAAACGGUGGACAAGAAGAUCGUGAGGACAGAGAUAGGUGUGCUGCUCCGGCUCUCUCAUCCAAACAUUAUUAAAUUGAAAGAGAUUUUCGAGACCCCCACUGAGAUAAACCUGGUUCUUGAACUCGUCACUGGGGGGGAGCUCUUUGACCGGAUUGUUGAAAAAGGAUACUACAGUGAGCGAGAUGCAGCCGAUGCAGUCAAACAGAUUCUGGAAGCCGUGGCUUACCUGCAUGAGAACGGUGUGGUACACCGGGAUUUGAAGCCGGAGAACCUUCUUUACGCGACCUCUGCACCAGACGCUCCCCUCAAAAUAGCUGACUUCGGCCUUUCAAAAAUUGUGGAUGACCAGGUCACGAUGAAGACAGUGUGUGGGACACCAGGCUAUUGUGCUCCUGAGAUUCUGAGAGGUUGUGCUUAUGGGCCUGAAGUGGACAUGUGGUCCGUGGGAGUCAUUACAUACAUCUUGUUGUGCGGCUUCGAGCCGUUCUUCGACGAGAGGGGCGACCAGUACAUGUUCAAGAAGAUCCUCAACUGCGAAUAUGAGUUUGUCUCCCCCUGGUGGGAUGAUGUGUCUCUCAACGCCAAGGACCUGGUCAAGAAGCUGAUUGUUCAGGAUCCAAAGAAGCGGCUGACCACACUGCAGGCCCUGCAGCACCCCUGGGUGACCGGGAAGGCGGUUAACUUUGCCCAUAUGGACACCGCUCAGAAGAAGCUUCAGGAGUUCAACGCACGUCGCAAGCUGAAGGCGGCGGUGAAAGCUGUUGUGGCAUCAUCGCGGCUGGGGAGCGCCGGCGGACACGGCAGCAACGAGAGCAGCAAGACCAGCUGCAACCACUCCCCUGUUCUGGAGGAGGCGCCGCAGGGACAGUCGCAGGAGGACCAGAAACAAGGAGCGGAUGACUCUUAGGCACUCCGCGUAAGAGUCAUGCUUGUCAUCGGGAGAAUAUCAUCAUCAUCAUCAUCAUCAAAGUGAGACCGGGAAACGCUGGAUGUCGACGACAAAAACCUAACGUUCUCGCUGACCCGGGAGCUCUGAAGGCACAAGAUUUUGCAUGCGACUGUUUAACAAUCAAAAACAAAGCAAGGUACAAUCCAGCAUGAGCAAACAUGCGUGAUGCGACUUCUCUGCGGCGUCAUGGCACAGGCGACAUAAGAAGCUGGCAUUUCCUUCUGAAAAACCCGUUUCAUAAAUGACACCGAGAAGCUUCAGUCAGUAAUGGACAGAAAUGAGUUUUUGCUUUUUGUAAUGGCUGCAUUUUAGUAAAGUUCCUUCUUUUGUUUUAGAAUCUAUGGUAUUGUUGUAAAGCAUUCUAGGGCCACUGCUAAUUGUCCUGUGAUGUGACGUCACAUUUUGUUUUAGUAGGGGGAACCACACAUUUUUAUAUGCAAAAUACAUUCCGUUCAAAAAACAUGGAAAACCGCUUCCAAAUGGCCAUAAAAUUGUAACUUUGCUACAUUUUGAAAAAAGAAUGCCUUACUCAGUCGUUUAUACACUUUGAUAGACCAAUAUUUCAUAUCAUGUUAAAUAUUACAAUCUAAUGGCAUGUGUGAAAAACAUGCUUUGCACAAUACUUGGUACUUUGUUAGAACGUCAUCUAAGCAAUUCUGUAGUGUUUACAGAGUUUUCUUCAACUGAAGACAAUUUAUUUGUGUAUACCAAAAUAUUCAUUUUAUAAUUACAGUUGCCCUCCUUUUCACUGGAAGUCAAAAACCUUGCACAAAACGAAUAAAACGUGAAUAAUCUGUAUUAGUGCCAAAUACAGUUGCUCCUAAGGACUUUACUGCUUUUUCGAUGUGUUUAAAAAAUAUGCUUCCCACAUUUAAACAUAAAAAUAUGUUCUUAUUUGUAUGUAAAUAAAUUUGUAAUAAUUAUUAUAACUACGGUAUAUAUGAUGAAUCUAAUUAACAUUCAGGCAGCUUUUCCAAAUGAAUGUUUUAUGUUUGCAAAGAACUGUUUUUGAAAUGAGCAAUGUAUACACUUGCAUGUUUGUUCUCAGCUCUAGCAUCAGGGACAGUAAUUUAUCCCUUUCUUGUAACGGUGUUUUCGUCAGUCCGAGGGCAUAGAAACUGAGAUGUUUAACAGAGGGCACUCUUCUGCAUGUGGGAAUGUUAACAUUAUCUGGUGCGAUACUAUUUCAAUAAUGCAUUUUAUUUUACAUAUAUUAAAUGACACCCUGGCACUGAAAGUCUUUUUAGGCCAUGUGACACGAAAUACAAAAGGGUUAGAAUUUUGUAUAUUUAAAGUUUGUAUCAGUAUGUUUCUGUAUAUGAAGGAGCAUUUGAAAAGUAAAAAAAAAAAAAAAAAAACUUGAAUGGCAUCUGUGGGAUUGGUUUCAUCUGUAUUCAGUCCUCAGCUAAUCAAUAAACAAUGCAAAAAUGUGCAGCUGAUACAUGUUUUUAAUAUGCUGCAUGUACGUUUCUGCCGUAAUGGGUGGAAAUGGAGAGGAUUUCUUGAAAUGCAAACAAACAAUUAGUAGUAGUGUAAUUGUUAUUAAAACUGGACAAUAACCCAAUAAUUCCUCAGAUGAAACUAGUUCUUCCAUUUGAAAUUUAUAUUAUUCUGAAACUAUAAACACGGGGGAGAUAGUUUCACUAUGUUUCAUUAUGUAUAACCCUUUGGGAGUAGCUGAUUCAAUCGGCGCCCCUAAUUGACCUCAUUUAUAAAAUUUGUGGUUCAGUUGGAAUCUCAUUUAGCUCGACAUUUGCUAUAUUGUGUACUCAAAAAUACAAUUUGAACACACAAAAGGUGAUGCAGUAGUAAGCUUCACAUAUGAAAGACCAAGUCUCUCCUGUCUAGUGCUGGAUAUCAACAAGAAAAACCUGACAUUCUCAGUCUAGAGGAAGCGAAGUGUACUUUCGCUGACUUGAACAGGACUGGAAAGUUACAACAGAAUUAAAUGUACAUUAAUUUGAGUGUACACCUUCACAAUAACAGUCACUGUAAUUUUUAAACUCAUACGACUGACUGAAGUCAGAUGUAGAGCAUCAGCUUUAUAGAUGGAUUUUGACCCAUUUUACCAUGUUAACUAUGAUGGCAAUGUGUGAGUGCCAGUGUAAGAUUUCCAGGAUGGUACAUUUCACAUGAUGUCAGUUCUGAAACAGCUGAGUGACAUGAUCUGAUAUCAUGCAUGAAGUUUUGCCAGACGACCAAAAGGUUUACAUGCUGUACUUCCUGAAGUGUUUCCAGUUAAUGGAAAGACUACCUAACUCUUACCCACCUUAGUU